UUAUACCCACCCCAUAUUUCGCUAUCUGAUGAGACAGGCUCUCCUCCAUAUUGCGUUACAAAGGCUACGCCACCCGGCAAAGACUCAGUGAAGAUGAUGUAAGGAGUAACGCAAAACACAGGCAAAGACUCAGUGAAGAUGAUGUCUGGAGCUAGAAGUGGGACGGUAUUUGGGAGGCAUGAGUGGUACGGUCCGUCAGAUCAGUGUGGUGUUGGACCCGAGCAUCCCCUAUUUCCUGCGGGUGGACUGGGCCGAAGACCUGGGUGCUGGGUUCACUCUCGCCCUCUGUGACGGCAGCUCGUCCUGGAUCGGAGAAGUACCAGAGGAGGAGAUGAUGAGGAAAGCCACAGAGUUGGGAGUGAAAAGGGAGAAAUAUGUGGAAGAUCUUCAUCAGGCACUGACCGGAAGAGGAGAAAGCAGAAGAGGAAGAGGAGGAGUGGCAGAAAAGGAGGAGUACCUGUUCCACCUCUCCUCUGACCACGGUUGUCUGUCGUAUGACAAGAAGACCCAGAGAGGCGUUUUGGUGAACAUGGGUGCAGUGGAGCUGUACCCUGCCCCUGUGGAUCUCAACAGGGAGAUGAUAGCCCACACUCUGGAGCACAGCGCUGACCUGGAGGCAGAGAACAGACGGCUGCAGGAGAAGAAUCAGACACUCCGGCAGGAGCGGGAGCACCUCCUUGCAGAUCUGGAGAAGCAUGUCCAGGAGAUGGAGACGAUGGAGGGAGACCUGUUCUCUCGUUUCAUCAUGCUGCUUAAUGAGAAGAAGGCCAAGAUCAGGGCCCUGCAGGACACCAUCAGACACGUCCAACAGCAGCUGGACCAGGGGGUGGAAGAGCAGGAGAACCACCGGGUAACUGGGGUAACUGUCAAAUCCAAGGCUGGCGACAGCAUUAAGGAGGAGGAGGACCUGCCUCAGAGCUUCCACCCAUCUCAGGCACCCACAGUGCUCAUCAGAGACAUUUCAAGCCAGACGAGCUCUAUGGAGGAUGUGUUGCCCAACCGCAAGCAUGGGCUCUGUUACCACCAGAGCCCAGAGUUAAAGGUUAAGAAGCCUAUUCCAGACCAGAAGUAAACUCACAGGAAGGACCCACCAACAUGAGCUGAGCAGAUAACCAAUCAGGAUGCCUUUUCGAGGUUGUUCUCAGCAUCACAGCCAAACUAAAGGAAGACAGACUUUCAAUGACUCACCACUGUCAAUGCAGUGCAUUGGUCUACAAAACCAGAUGAUUUCAUUUGAUAUGUUGUUUAUUGUCAAGGGGAAUACCACUGUACAAUGUGGAAGAGGAAGGUCAUAUUUGUGAAAUAUUCACCCCCUAAGAAAUUUUCACCAUACACAUUUUAUUUUGUGUUGGGACAUGGUUCUUAGUUUAUCUUGAUAAGUAUUUUUGUUUUUCAUAUCUUAUAUUAAUUGUCGUAAUAAAGUUUGUAAGAAAUUCA